CCCGCAAGCACGCCUUCCUCCGGCCCAGGCGGCGGCGGACCAUGGAGGUGGAGAACGUCGCGGCCAACAUGCUGCUGCUGAAAGCGCGCCUCGGAGGAUAUGGCAAGAAAACUGGCCGUAGUAAAAGAUGGAGGGAGAUGCUGAAGUUACCCCACGUGAGCCAGUGUGACGAGCUCAGACACUCCAUUGAGAAAGACUAUGACAGUCUGUGUGACAAGCAGCCGAUCGGAAGACUUCUCUUCAGGCAGUUCUGUGCCACGAAGCCUGACCUGAGGACACGCAUCGAGUUCUUGAACGCAGUGGCGGAGUACGAAGUGACCGUGGACGAGGACCAGGCACGCCGCGGACUCUCCAUUCUGGAGGGGUUCUUCAGCAAGGAGAAGUUGGCCAUCUCUUUGCCAGAAAUACUUCCAGCUGUGGUGAAAGAAUGUAAGCUGAGGCUGAAGCAGAACCCCUCUAGAAAAGUCUUUGAGGAGUGUGCUGGACUUGUCCAUGGCUACUUAAGCAAAAAACCAUUUCAAGAAUACCAAGAAAGCUCGUAUUUUUCUCGAUUUUUACAAUGGAAAUGGCUGGAAAGGCAACCAGUGACGAAGAACACAUUUAGAUACUACAGAGUUCUGGGGAAAGGCGGAUUCGGAGAGGUUUGUGCCUGUCAAGUGCGAGCCACAGGAAAGAUGUAUGCCUGCAAAAAGCUAGAAAAAAAAAGAAUAAAGAAGAGGAAAGGUGAAGCCUUGGCUUUAAACGAGAAGAAGCUGCUGGAGAAAGUGCAGAGCAGGUUUGUGGUCAGUUUAGCCUACACCUUCGAGACCAAGGACGCCCUGUGCCUCGUGCUCACCAUCAUGAACGGAGGCGACUUGAAGUUCCACAUCUACAACCUGGGCCAGCCCGGCCUGGAUGAGCAGAGGGCUGUGUUCUAUGCUGCCGAGGUGUGCUGUGGCUUGGAAGACUUGCAGAGGGAACGGAUCGUGUACAGAGAUUUAAAGCCCGAGAACAUUCUCCUCGAUGACCAUGGCCACAUACGCAUUUCAGACCUUGGCCUGGCCCUGGAGGUCCCUGAAGGGGAGACGGUGCGAGGAAGGGUCGGCACAGUUGGCUACAUGGCUCCUGAGGUCCUCGAUAACGAGCAGUAUACCUUCAGCCCCGACUGGUGGGGGCUGGGCUGUCUCAUCUAUGAAAUGAUUCAGGGACAUUCUCCGUUCCGGAAGUUCAAGGAGAAGGUCAAAAGGGAGGAGAUUGAUCGGCGAGUGAAGAAGGACGCGGAGCAGUACUCCGACAGGUUCUCAGAGGAUGCCAAGUCCAUCUGCCAGAUGUUACUCACCAAGAACCCCCAGGAACGGCUGGGCUGUAGGGGCGAAGGAGCUGCGGGGGUGAAGCAGCACCCCGUAUUUAAGGACAUCAACUUCAGCAGGCUGGAGGUGCACCUGUUAGCUGCCCCCUUCUGCCCUGAUCCUCACUCGGUGUACUGCAAGGACGUGCUGGAUAUCGGGCGCUUCUCCGUGGUCAAAGGAGUGUACCUAGACACCACAGACAGCAACUUCUACGCUGAGUUUGUGACGGGCUGUGCCCCCAUCCCCUGGCAGAACGAGAUGAUUGAGUCUGGGUGUUUCAAGGACAUCAAUGAAAGCGAGAGCGAGGAGCGCCUGGAUGCGGAGGAGAAAGCGCAGGCUCCCGUUCACAAGCCCAAGAGGAGCUUCUUCUACAGGCUCUUCAGAAGAGGGGGCUGCCUCGCCAGCAAGAAGGAAGGGGAGUCGUCACACCUCUGACCGCUGGCGGCGUGAGGACACGAGGAGCGUUUGCCCAGCACCCACCCUGUCCUGAACUGUAAUAAACAUGUGUGGCACAGCCAAAA